CUCCGUGGCCGCAGAGGAGGGCUCAAGGACAUGCCUUACAUGCCUUUGGACGUAUUGGUUGAGAUAUUUUCGUUAAUGCAUCCCAGAGACCUUCUCAAUCUGGCCCGCACCACACGAGCAUUCCGAUCCUUCCUCAUGAACCGUGCCGCAUCACCGUUCUGGAGGGACGCGAGGAAGACGGUUGAGGGUCUCCCCGACUGCCCACCGUAUCUGAGCGAGCCCGCGUACGCUAACCUGACGUUUUUCGCUUGUUGUCAUGUA